AUGCUGCAAAUUAUUCUGCUUCUCCUGCCUGCUGUUGUCAGUGAUCAGUGGAGUGUGCGUUAUCCUCCUUCGAUCUGUGCUGCGAGGGGAUCCAAUGUCACUAUUAACUGCACAUUUACGUAUCCACCUGAAAAUGACAUAAAGCAAGUGCUAUGGUGUUCAAUGAGAUCAAACAAAGGCAAAUGUCAUUAUCAGCCAUAUGUUUAUGAUAGUGAAGCAAACAAUAGUCAAUCAUUUCAAGACAAAACCUCAAAUUGUUCACUUUUGAUCAGUAAUAUUAAUCAAGCACAUUCUGCAGAGUAUAGAUUCAGAUUUAUAACCAAUAAGGAAGAUGGACGUUGGACAGGUGAUCCUGGAGUGAAUAUUUCAGUACACGAUUUAGGAGUGUCCAUGUGCAGGUCAAGAGAAAAUGGAAGCACAAUACCUGGAGACUCGUUGAUUUUAUCAUGCACGCUCAACUGUUCUGGUAAUUUAGCUGAGGUUCAGUGGUUUAAGAAUGGUGAUCCGAUUCAACAGUCAGAGCCCGUCCUCACUUUCAGCAGAAUAACUGCUAAAGACUCUGGGAAUUACUCUUGUUCUUUGAGAAACUUUAAAACAACUGUGUCUGAAGAAUUUACCGUUUACAUUGAAGAUGUCGCCGGGUCCCCAACAGUUCUAAUUAUUGUGGUGUCUUUAUUCUCACUUGUUUUCAUCACUGCAUCUGUGAUGCUUAUAAGAAGAAGGAAAGCAAAAACUCAAAGAAAACCAAUGGAAGAAAGAGAAGAAGCCCAGGAUUCUCUUUACAGCACCCCUCAAAAAACUGCUUACACAAACCUACCGGAAGCCAAGGAUGUUCAGCAGGAAGAUGAAGUAGAAUAUUCAUCUGUCAACAUUAAACCCAAAGAAAUGCUUCAAAUGUCUGCAAACACAGAGCAGCAGGAUGAUUCAACCAUCUACAGCACAGUGAUGAACGGUUAA